AGAGAAGUUAGAGAUCAACAGAUCGUUUGUCAAUGAGGUGGUUCAAUACAUCAAGCGGUUGGAAGACGCUCAGAGUAAAAGACAGGAGAGACUACUGGAGAAGCACAAGGACAUCCGCCAGCAAAUCCUGGAUGAAAGGCCAAAGGACGAUUGUGCAGCUGCAGCUCAUGCUGCAGAGCGACCUGGACCAGGAGUACCAGGACAAGUUUCGCCGGCUACCCGUGGAGAUCCAAGAGUUUGUUCAGGACAGCAGCAAGGCCAAGCUUAGCGACGACAGCAGCGGCAACCUGGUUUCCUCCUCGACGACGGAGAAGCUGAACCACAAGGCGUCGCAGUCGGAGGACGACACGGAGGAGGGCUCGUCUGAACGCGUCUACGACACGCCCCUCUAGAGGUCUAACCGGCACUUUGCUUCACACUGGGACUCUGAUUGGUGGACGUGGUUGCGACCACAGAUAAAGGAUGAGACUGCCCCACCUUUGGUCCUCAAUGUAACCAAUGGGAGGAUUAGAUCAAAUCUGAGCCUGACCUGGUGAGUAAGAGGUCCCCUCUGCGUAGAGUGCAGUCCUGUCCAGACAAGCGUUUCAUGUAAAUAGUACUUUUUGUGUAUUUGUAUGUUCCCUGUAUGUUGUCGUCUCUUUCGGUACGGCCACAGGAUGUGUUAUGAAACACUAACUAUUUGCAGGAAUUAACUUACUUGAACUAUUGCACAGAGAGAGUAGUUUGUUUUUGUUGUUUUUUUAUUAACAUGACCGUCGUGGUGGUGGUGGUGGUGGUCGCAGAGCUGCGUGGUGCCAAGUUCUGAGUCCGCUCACGGUGGAUUUUUGUCAUUUAAGUGGCGUCAACUCGUACUGUAAAGAAACCACUGCUUAUUCAGCCUUUGAAGCUUCCAUCUUUAUAAGAUUUAAACCCACCUUUACGUAUUUGCACUGAAGGCUCACUAAAUGUGUAACUCUUUUACUUUAACCCAGAGGCACUGGUGGCUUCUCGAUUUUUGUUCUCACAGAACUAAGCCUAUGUGUUGCUGCUAUUUUGUUUUAAAACCCAUCUUUUUUUUUUUUUAAACCGUUUUUUUGGUUCGUAUGAUACGUGGCAUGAUAAUAUUGUGUCAUCUUUCUUAGCUCUGGCUAGUUUUUAACAGUAGUUUGUGGGCACUUCUGUCCGGCGAGGAAGAGAAGGGAAGGUUUGUUGUACAGUGUCUGCAUGUAUUUGAACAACUGUAAAUGUUACAGUAGCUCUGUAGCAGAGACGUUUAUUAAUGUAAAUCUAUUUUCUCUGAAACAUUUCAACUAAACCUGCAAAACGGUCGACCCGGCGUGGCUUUGAUACGCUGCUGUGGGAUAAGCUGAAAGAAGUCACGACACACCCUGUUUUUAGGUUCUGUUUUUAGAUGCGACAGUAGGUGGCUCGCGUUAACAGGCUGCUCAUUGUUUUCUUCACUCUUUGGCCUGCUGAACUAAAACUGUCAAACCAGAAGCAGAAGAGGAUCCUGUUGUAGUUUAUAGAAGUGGCCUUCGUCCUAACUGGUUCAUUGUGUACCUACAGUUCCCCUGCACACACACACACCGCAGACAACACAGUCGGUUCUGUUUGGACAGUGACACCGUUUGCAUGAAUAAGCCUCUGCACACCAGCACAGUGGGUCUGAGAUGAAGCAAUCCAGAUGUGCAGACUCUCAACUUUGAUUCAGGGGCUUUAACAAGACUAUUUGUUUAACUGUUAAGAAAUUACAGCCAUUUUUUUUACAGCUUCAAAAGUCACCGUUUUUUAUAUAAAGCAUGUAUAAAACAAAAGCUGUUGCAUUAAAGUAAAAAUAUGUUCCCUAAAAAGUUUAAAAAAUAGGAUUAAGACCCUCAAAUGUUAUUUAUGGUGUGUUUUUUAACUGAGUAACUUACACUAAAGGGAUUCAAACCCUACAAAAAAGAUCUAAAACACUACUUUACCUGACUGCAGUAUAUAUUAGGGUUAAGACCUUAAAUUAUUAUUAAUUAUGGAGAGUAACCCAACUAAGAACGCAAUGCUAAUGAGCACACGUAAUACCUGGAAUCAACUUUCUUUCUUUCUUUUAUUUGUCAUGAAAUAAGAAAAAAGUCCCACAUCUGGCUGUUACCUGCUUACAGUCAACUGUCCGAUUACUUUUGAGCCUUUAAAUUUGAUGGACGGUGUUAAAAAAUGGUUAAUAUAACAUUUUUGUCAGAGCCUGUGAAUUAAAGCUGAAGAUCUGCACUUUGAUCGCACCUCAAUAGCGUCGUUGAAAUCCAUUACGGUGGUGAAAAGAGGCAAAGAAACGUCCAAAUGGAGCCGAUUUCGUCCGCUGGCUUUAUUCUUAUCAUUCGCCCACAGAUCGGACGCUUUCAAGCGGGUAAAUAGUUCAGUUAAACGCUCAGUUUAAAUCCACCAGCGUUCACAUGAGCUCAUUCAUAACUGGACGUUUUACCUCUUUAAACGUUCUUUUUUAAUUUUUUUUUUACAUUUUUGACUUCCGGUGCCAUUUAACUCACGGGUGUGAUAUCAAAUCACACUUUGGCUGAUUUUCCCUUUUUUUAAAGAAAAAAAAAAAAGAACAGAAAGUGAAGGAUUACCUGACAUGUAAGUACAAACUACACUUUAAAAAGAUAUAGAUGUGAGAGUCCUGUGCCUUUUGAAUGGGUUUGAUGUUGAAUGUGUGAAAUGCAUCAUUGUUUAAAAUUGCCAUUAUAUGAUAUUAUACGAAGCUGUCUGGUAUUGAAUAGACCGUGUGCACUUUUUUUUUUUUUUUUUUUUUUNUUUUUUUUUUUUUUUUUUUUAGUACAGUACCACUACUGAGUAAUGCUUGUGACGAGCAGUAUUUGACAUGUGUCUCGCGAGAAAAGAGAGACUUUUUUAUUAUUAUUAUUAUUUCUUUUGUGUCUUAUUUAACAGCCUCCCUCCCCUCCUUCUUCUCAUCAACUUAAGUGUAUGCACUCUGGAAAUGUAAAUGUAUGUAUGACAUAAAGGAUAAAACAUGACAAUGAGAAAAAAAUAUAGUGUAAAGGGAACUUGCUUGUAAUUAAUAAUAAAUGUGGCUAUUAUUGUACUUUGCCAGA